CCAGGUAGCGGCGUCUGCUAAUAAUUCACCUUUACCAAAUCGAUAGAGUUUUAGCAUCUGUAAGCAUGGAUAAAUCAAAAUUGGUUCAAAGAUAUUUAGAAAGACAUCGAAUCGGGCCAUUAUUCGAGGAAUUAAUGGGUAGGAUUGUGAAUGACAAGCCUGAGGAGCCCCUUCCUUACUUAAUAAGGCUUAUACAGAAAAGACAAGAUAGGUCUAGUACAGCGGCAAUGCUGAGAAAGAGUACAAGCGAUUUGCAUCAUAUUAAAAGAGAAACAACUGCCUCGAAGGUUGGAAAAUCUUUGACUUUAUCGAAAAGUACAAACUUUCAUCCUAAACCUAAAAGUCCUACGACUAGGCAACAAAAGCCAGAUUGGGACAAUUCAACGAAAGUAAAAUCUUUGGAUGAUUUAUGGGGCAGUCCUGAUGAAAGAAAAGAAAAUGGUUUUACACCGGAUGAGGAUCUUUACAUAAGCAGAGGCUAUGCUGGUCCAGUUGUAAAGGAUGAUGAAGAUUCUCUAGAGGCUGAACUGAACAUACUUAAAUAUAGAAAAACUAAGGAGAAGACAACUGCACAGAAGCAACCUGUAGUAUCCUACGCUCCAACAACAGCUAAGGGUCGGCUUGCUUUGCAAGAAAAGAGAAGGAGAAAGAUCGAAAGCUUAAGAAAAAAAGACGAGAAAGAUUCUGGAUACGAAGACAAUAAAGAUUUAACAAUUAAUGACGACGCCUUGGAGUUAUAUGAAAAUGCUGAUGAUCUCCGCUCGGAAGGUAUAAAAGUAAAAGGAAGUCGUGGAGUAAAAAUCGCUCCAACUUCUAUACCGAGAAACGAAAGUCAAGUUCGAGUUAGCGUUUGCGCAAGAUGCGCUAGAGUCAUGACCGGUGAACCAAGUGAAGAUGUCUGUAAAGGAGGUUUCGAGAGAUACACUUCUGAUACCGACCUAGAUAGUCGGGUAGAUACACCCGCAAAAUUUACAACUGACUUUGAACAAGAAGAAGAGGAAGAAGAGGAAGAAGAAUUUGAGAGUGUCUCUCAAGUAACUGGACCCAGAAAACCUGUCUGGACGGAUGAUGAAGAUAAAAGUGCUAGAAGAAGUAAAACUAUGCUAAGAACUACCAUUCCUCAUAAGGGUAAACCCAUGUAUUUUAAUGAAGAAAUUGCUAGUGCUAGAAGUACACCUAGAAAAUCGGAAAGAUCUACUAAAAGCAAAAUGAGGCAAACAUGGGCGCCAGGUGUUCAAAACACUGAUUCUGAUGAAGAGGAAAAUCAAAGAGGCUGGAGAGUGGUUGAUAACGACUCGGAUGCUAGUAUAACUACUAGUAGAUCAACAAGAAAUAAGCCUACAAGAUCAUCGUUUCCAAGAAAUCGUGACAAAACAGUUUACUAGAAAGUUCAAUGAAGAAUGGAAUAUUAUGAGCUUGACUCAUCAACCAUUCGAUUGAGUACUUAGUUUAGAUAUAUCUUUAAUCUCUAUAUCACGAUGUUGUUUUCUUCUUAUUUUAUAUUAUACACUAAUCAACUAUGAAAGUAGAAACACUUGCGUAAUAAAUAAACUAAUUAAUAAACUCUUAUCGCA